AGCUGUGCGGCCAGUGAAAUCCUUCUGGCGGUUAGACUCAGGUAUAUAAGGCGGGUACGCAGGUGGGGCCGGGCUCUCCGUUACAGGUGGGGGGAGGGGCCCAGAGAGCGACAAACGCCGGUACCGUCACCCCGAGGAGGAGCAUGAGUGAGGCGGAACCCCGGGAGCCCGAACCGGUGCUGGAACCGGAAUCGGCACCAGAGAUCCAAAAGCCAACGAUAUCCGCGGCUCGGAACCAGCCCAACAAGAAAGUCCUGGCCACCCAAGUGCAAGGGACAGUGAAGUGGUUUAACGUUCGGAAUGGCUACGGAUUUAUCAACAGAAACGACACCAAGGAAGAUGUGUUUGUGCAUCAGACUGCAAUAAAAAGGAACAAUCCGCGGAAGUUUCUGCGCAGUGUGGGUGAUGGCGAGACGGUGGAGUUUGAUGUGGUAGAAGGAGAGAAGGGAGCAGAGGCGGCCAAUGUGACCGGCCCCGGGGGGGUCCCAGUGAAAGGAAGCCGCUUUGCCCCAAACAGACGAAGGUUUCGCCGACGUUUCUACCGCCCGCGUGCGGAUACUGCGGGGGAGUCUGGCGGGGAAGGGGUUAGUCCGGAACAGAUGAGUGAAGGGGAGAGAGGGGAGGAGGGGUCCCCCCAGCAACAGCAGAGACCCCAGCGUCGGCGCCCCCCUCCUUUCUUCUAUAGAAGGCGUUUCCGGAGGGGUCCCCGGCCCCCCAACCAGCAGAGCCAGGGAUCGGAGGCCAAUGACCAAUCAGAGAAUAAGGAUCCGGCUGCUCCAGUGUCGGAAGUCUCGGCUAGUGGUGACGACCAGCAGAGACCGCCCCCUCGCAGGCCAUUCCGCCCUCGCCCCUCACCUCAGCAGACCCCAGAAGGGGGUGAUGGAGAGCCCAAAGCUGCCCCGGGGGAAGGCCCCCGCCCGGAGCCCCAGCGGCAACGCACCAGACCGUAUUUUCAGCGGCGCAGGCGCCAAGGAGCGGCCCCAGUGCAGCCCACAGCCCAGGGUGACGGCAAAGCGGAACCAACGCAGCACCCUGUUUCCGAAGGGCCCCCCGCUGACUCCCCCACAGAUGGUGACGCAGCAGAUCAGACCUCUGCACCGGAGCCCGGGAUGGCAGAUACCCCUGCCCCAGAGUGACCGCCUCCACCGCUAGACAUGGGGCAUCUUUCAGGGGCAACAGGUUCCAGCGCAUUUCCGUCUUCGGCUGCACCGGGUUCGUGGGAAUUCUUGGGGUACUGCAAUCGUUCACUUUAAAUAGGGGGGUGUCCCCCCCACACUGUUUGUAUUGGUGGGAGGGGCUUGUUUGCACUUUGUUUGGGGGUUAUGUUUUAUUGCACAGGGGGUGCAGCAGUAAAGAUGGAACUGCAGA